AUGUCUUUUUCCUCAGAGCGAAGAGCAUCUAGCACGAGACGCCAGUCGAGCACCAACCUCAGCCCCCGAGACCGCGAUGUCGACCUGUCGCAAUCAUUGAAUAAACUCUCCUUGUCAGCAUCGCCUGCAGUCAGCAGAGCGCCGCGAAGCCCCAGUGCGCUGUCUCCUUACAGAUCAUCUGCUAGCCGGUCCUCGACCUCACCAGCGCCUGGAAGCACAUCAGGCCGUAGCCCCUCUCUGAACAGAGCCUCUCCGUCCCGAUCUUCCACACCCACGCUCCUGCGUAAAGCAUCGACCAGUUCGCUGCGCUCGGCGAACGGACGUACUCCGAGUCAACCACCUUCUCGCCGCUCAAGCUUAGCCCACGUCUCCUCGCCAUCCCAGACGUCUGCCGUCACGGAGGAACCCCCCCGACCACCACCGACUGCCAGCUCAGUCGCAAGCGAAUACUUCAAAAACGAGUUGAACUUGUGCCAUGUUCUCUCCACGACGCAGCAGACACACGCCGCUAUCAUUCUCUCUGACGCGUGCUACGGACAUCGUUACUCCCGCCCCAAGACAUCGCGCGCCGCCCUCAGCACUAUUGUUGAGCGUCCCGAAAGAAUCAAGGCUGGCGCCCUCGGGGUAGCCAUGGCAUACGUGCGCCUCGGAGGUCGUCAUUGCGAUGGCGACUAUCCAGCUCACCCGAGGCUCGACCCGACCUCGAUACCCACCAUACCUUUCAAGAUUCAUAAGACGACGCGCAAGCUUCCACUUCUCUCGCCUGCCGUGACGAACGUGCAUGGUUCUAAGUGGAUGGAAGAGCUAAGAACCAUGUGCCGGCUUGCCGAGUCUAAACUCGCCAUGGGCGGCAAGGAGCUGGCGAGGCCGGAGAGCGGCCGGACUGGCGACACGGGCGGUGCUGCCAAGCUCCACGAAGGCGACCUCUACCUUUGCGCUGACUCCCUGGAUGCCUUGGAGGGCGCUCUCGGGGCUGUCUGCGAAGCAGUCGAUCUGGUCUUUUCUGAUGGUCCGCGUCGUGCUUUCGUUGCAGUUAGGCCACCGGGUCACCAUUGUUCCUCAUCCUACCCAUCUGGCUUUUGCUGGGUGAACAACGUGCAUGUUGGCGUCAUGCACGCGGCGCUAACUCACGGGCUGACACAUGCUGCCAUUAUCGACUUUGAUUUACAUCACGGCGACGGUUCCCAGUCGAUAGCGUGGCAACACAAUACCCGUGGUGUCUCUGCCGCCAAAAACGCGCAAGCGUGGAAGAAGACCUCCAUCGGCUACUUCAGUCUUCACGACAUCAACUCCUAUCCUUGCGAAAUGGGUGACGAGGAAAAGGUCAAAAAUGCCAGUCUGUGCAUUGAAAAUGCCCAUGGCCAAAAUAUGUGGAACGUACAUCUUCACUCGUGGGGCUCGGAGGCCGAGUUCUGGAAGCUGUACGAGACAAAAUACACUGUCAUACUCGAGAAGACACGCUCUUAUCUGCAACAGCAGGCCGCGCGCUUGCGCGCCAAUGGCCAGAUGCCCAAGGCUGCCAUCUUCUUUUCUGCCGGCUUCGACGCCAGUGAGUGGGAAACCAAGGGUAUGCAGCGUCAUAAUGUGAACGUGCCCACCGAGUUCUAUGCACGCAUCACACAAGAUGUGAUCAGAAUAGCCGCGGAGGAGGGACUGGGUGUUGAUGGCAGAGUCAUCAGCGUUCUCGAAGGCGGCUACAGCGACAGAGCGCUGUUUUCAGGUAUUUUCAGUCACGUCUGUGGCCUUGCCGGUGACCAGUCGAACCCUGGACCACCAAGUGGUCGAGGGGGCCUGGCGUAUGAAAUCAGCCACAGGAUUGGCAUCAUAGAGGAAGGGGAACCUGCAGUUCAGUCAACCAAGCCCGCUGGACCGUACGAGCCACUACCCGAGUCGCAAAACCUGUCAUCGCUACACGCAUAUGACCCAUCAUGGUGGUCGAGUGCAGAGCUCGAUAACCUCGAGGUUGCCAUGGGGGUUCCUCCUGUUGAACCCAAGAUGCCGCGUUAUGCGACACCACCAACCUACUCGUCCCCCACACAGGCGUCGACAGCUCGAGUUGUCAACCCUGCCAAGAUGCGUCGAAGCCUGUCAGGUCUUUCGGCACCAAAUGGACCCAUCUCCCGACCUCCAACGCCUCCGGCUCCCGAGGUGCCGUGGACUGUUGCUGCGCAUGAACUCAGCAAGUUGCUCAUACCCUCUGACCGACAGACCGACAGCUGCACGGCCGAAGAUCUCAAUGCCGAGGCGACCCGGGCGCGCCGGGACCGGCAGUCCCUCCUCCAGCCAACAGUACCGGCACCAGCAACUUCCGCGAACGCUAGUAGCCGACCGUCGUCCCGCAUGUCGUUGCGUGAGCGCAAGCCCGCCAAAGCAACGGCAUUUUCCGAAAGCGGCAAUGGCGCGAACGAUGACAAGCACCUAAAAAGUCGCAGAAAAACCGUUGCCGGAGCUGCUAUUCUUGCCACGGACGAGGUAAGUCCUUCGCACUUGAAUGAAUUGGGUCAAAGCGGCACUGACGCGUGGACAGCCAUCUCCUGGAGUGUCCCCCAUUCCUGCUGCUUCACCCAGCUCUCAGAGGACUGGCCGUCGGGUGAGCGCGGCCUCGAUGAUGACCACUAUACCUCCUGCCCCCGAACCGAACACAGCUCGCGGCAAUGGGGGUUCUCAAGGGGAAUCUUCUAG